GGGGUGUGUGUGUUGUGAGCUGUGAGGCGACGGAGGAAGAGUUGUGGUAGACCGCGCGGGCCGGUGGAGCCGCCUCGUGGUCUCGCCCCCUGCUGAGAGAGGAUGAUGGCAGCUCGGGGCCCGCUUUCCUCCUCCCGCAACCGCGUCCGCCACGGAGAAGCCGGGAAGUGCUAGCCGACGAGGACCGCGAGGACCCCCCUCUGGGAGGAUGGUGUGAACCGCGUCGCCGGAACACCACCUGCCCCCCCCCCCCCCCCCACCUGAAGGGGCCCCCGCUUCUGUUGCUCCCCCCGUUCCCAUCGCCUCAUCUCCAAAAACCAGCCGAAAACAAGGGGCGGCGGCGGCGCUCACAUUGAGUGGGAGUUCUCUCCCACUCUCCCUCCUCCUCCUCCUCCUCCUCCUCCUCACCUCUGACCUCACCAACCUUCGUGGACUGCCCCUAGCACCAAUCUGUCCUUCUCUCCCCCUCCGUUUUCUUUUUUCUUCUUCUUCUUCUUCUUUUUUGUCGAGGCUUCAGGGGAAUUGCCAAGACCUGUUUCAUGCAUGUCCACUGGCGGCAGGUUCAACUUUGACGAUGGGGGCUCAUACUGCGGCGGGUGGGAGGAGGGCAAGGCGCACGGCCACGGGAUCUGCACGGGGCCCAAGGGCCAGGGCGAGUACUGCGGCUCCUGGGCCCACGGCUUCGAGCUGCUGGGCGUCUACACCUGGCCCAGCGGGAACACCUUCCAGGGCACCUGGGCUCAGGGCAAGAGGCACGGCGUGGGCAUCGAGAACAAGGGCCGCUGGGUGUACAAGGGCGAGUGGACGCGCGGCUUUAAGGGACGCUACGGCGUGCGGGAGAGCACGGGGACGAGCGGGAAGUACGAGGGCACCUGGAACAACGGGCUGCAGGACGGAUACGGAACAGAGACGUACUCGGAUGGAGGAACCUUCCAAGGCCAGUGGGUUGGCGGGAUGCGGCACGGCUACGGAUUUCGCCAGAGCGUCCCCUACGGCAUGGCGGCCGUCAUCCGCUCCCCUCUCCGCACCUCCAUAAACUCUCUCCGCUCCGGUUCGGAGCACAGCAACGGCACAGCUCUGCUGGACCGGACCGGGCCGGCGGUCCCGGGUCCUCCUCCCGUCCCCGGCACUUUGACCACCAGUGUCUCCAUGUGCAGCACGGGCAGCAGCGGCAGCAGCCCCGCCGUGUCUCGCGGCGGCUUCGUGCUGACGGCGCACAGCGAGGCCGAGCUGCUGAAGGGGAAGAGGAAAGGCGGGUUGUUCCGGAGGUCCAUCCUGUCGGGGCUCAAGCUGAGGAAGUCCGAGUCCAGGAGCUCCCUGGCCUCCCAGAAGUCCAAACAGAGCUCGUUCCGGAGCGAGGCCGGGAUGAGCACCGUGUCCUCCGCCGCAUCGGAUAUCAACUCUACUAUCAGUCUCGGAGACGCAGACGCAGAUUUGGCCGCGGCAGACGACGACGUGGAUGCCACGGCAACGGAGACCUACUGCGGGGAGUGGAAGAACGACAAGCGGACGGGGUACGGCGUGAGCCGGCGCUCCGACGGACUCCAGUACGAGGGCGAGUGGCUGAGCAACAAGCGCCACGGCUACGGCUGCACCGCGUUUCCCGACGGCACGAAAGAGGAAGGGAAGUACAAACUGAACAUCCUGGUGAGCGGCAAAAAGAAGAACCUGAUCCCGCUCCGGGCCAGCAAGAUCAGAGAGAAGGUGGACCGAGCCGUGGAAGGAGCGCAGAAAGCAGCCGACAUCGCCCGGCAGAAGGCGGAGAUCGCUCUGUCCAGGACGGCUCAUGCCCAGGGUAAGGCGGAGGCCGCGGUGGGAUCAGCCCAGAAAUCCCAGGAGGAGAGUCGCAUGGCGAGGGUCACCGCCAAGCAGUUCUCCCCUUCCUUCCAGCACCCGGGAAAUGGCAUGGAGGUGCAGCGCCCCAAGUGGCAGGUGUCCAGCGAGGUGGAAGGCGAGGGGCUCUCGAGUAGCGCCGGCACCGCCGACAGCCCCGACCUCUACGUGAAGAGCGCGGGCUCCGACGACCCCUCGAACGACGCCGCCACGCCUGACCUCAGCCCCCCGUCCUCCUCCCCGCCCCACACCCCGCCGCCCCCCGCCCGGCCGUCUCAGCGCACCAAGAGUGCCCGCUUCCACCGGCAGACCGCCGUGGACCACGGGGAAAAGGGUAAGGACGCCGGAGAGCGAUGUGAGAAAGGUGGCGGAGGAGGCGCGCAGACGGAGAUCCAGGUGAUGGUGGAGGGCGGAAGCGGGGGAGUCGAAGACGGAGGAGAAGGAGGAGGAGGAGGGAAGGGAGAGCACCCACGUGCCAACAGCUGGAGCGAGGACAAGAGGAGAGGGGUGCUGUCGAAAGGGGGAGGCGGGCUGAGCGGACGAGGAGCGAGCCGGACCAACGGACACAAACACAGCUCCUCCAAUCACAAGUCCCGGGAGCACGGAUCGUCCAAUCACAGACAGGCCAAAGGGGACAGGUGGACGGAGUCGUCCUCGUCGGCCUCGUGGACGUCGGGGCACAGGGGCGUGCACGGGCGGGGGGUGCGGCUGCUGGAGCAGGAUGAGGAGAAAAUGAGCAAUUACGAGAUGGAGAUGAAGCCUUUACAGCCCAGAGACUCCACUACCCACAAGCCCCAUGGGCCCGGGGAGGAGAAGCCCGGGCAAAGUCACGUCCACGCCGAGGGCCGCUCGAACACAGUGCAGCGGCAGAGGCAUAAGAACCGCGACGGGAAGGAGGGAAAAGAGGGGCGGGACGGGGGCAAAGACUCAGUGCACAAGCCGGACAGAGCGGGGGAGAAGAUGGACCCGCGGCCUCUGCGUCGGGACCUCACCCUCUCCCCCCCUCUCAAGUCCUCCCCCAUCACAGCGGAGCAGCAGGACCUCAGCCUCAUGCAGAGCAAAGGCAACUCGACUCGCGGUGGCAGAUCUGUGGGGACGCCAGUAAGCAGGGAAAUGGCCUACAGCACCAUCCUGGUCGUCAUGGUGAUCCUGCUCAACAUCGGAGUGGCUAUUUUGUUUAUCCACUUUUUUAUUUAAAGACAGCACCGCUUUCAGAGUCAGCCUAAUCUAUGCUACAACAACAACAACAACAAAAACAACUAUACAUGUCAUGUGAGUAUUACCGACGGAAAUCUGCAGGCCCCAUCCCCCCAAAAAGCCCACCCCCCCCCCCUCCCACAAACACACAUCCGUUCCCUCUCGAACUGCGACCGGCUGAGGGAAGAUGAGGAAGACGAGGACCCAGGAAGUCUACCUGGUCCAGGAGGGCUACCUGGUCCAGCUGUGCGUAAGAGGAGUGGACGAAAGAGGGGCAAACCAGUCUCUGGAGCUGGACUGUGAGGAGGCUACAGAGUCCAGAAAGGUGGACUCAGGUGAGCCCGGCGGCUCCACAUGAAGACCCCCACCGGGCUGAGACCGUCUGAUCCCCUUGAGAGCUGCAUCACAGCGAGACGUCUGCUUCCACUGUCUGCAGACAGGACUGACGAGACAGACUCUUUAUUUUGAUUCUUCAUUCUUCAAACCAUAGUUUUCAACAGAUUUGUAACUUACAAUUUAUUUAUUAAUGUUUUUUUUCUUCUUUUUUUUCUCUCUCGCUCUUUCUCAAUAUGCGUUGAUGGAUAUAUUGUUUAUUUUGGAACCCUCCAGCCCUCUUUAUAUAACUCCUGCCUUUUGGUUCUCCGCCUGCACGGCCCGGGUGUUGUUACCGAUGGUUCAGAGUGUGUGUCCACACGUGUGUGUGUGUGUGUGUGUGUGUGUGUGUGUGUGUGUGUCCACAUGCGUGUGUGUGUGUGUCCAUGUGCGCACAAGAGCUGGCGAGUCAUUGCUUUCAACAACAUACAAAUGGUUUAUAUGUGCAGAAUGUGAGCGUGGAUGUUUUCUUUUAACGCCCGUGUCUGUUUGCGCGCGUGCAGUUGUAACGCUCAUCGGCCUGUGUGAACAUAUGUGCGUGAAUCCUCAUCCUCAUCAUCCUCCUCCCUCUAAGUGACACUGCCGGGAUGGCCGAGCGCGUCGCCAUCGGUAACAACUUCCAGGGAGGGGUCGGGAGGUUCGCUGUUGUUGUUGUUGUUUUUUUUCUUUCUGUCUAACGCAGCGUUCCUCAAAAUUACGCACUCGGCUAUUGGCACAUUUCUGGUGUUGGUCCCCCCCACCCCCCCACACCCACAUUAGUACCGGUACACGAGUACAGUCUGACGUGCCUGCGCCAUGAGAUGCAGAACAAUGUAUUUUCGUUUGAUUUGUUUUGGGUCCCAGACUGAAGACGCUCUGCUGUGCAUCAUCUGGUGACGGUGCCCUGCGCCGCCCUGUUAGUCCGCAGCAUGCUACAGCAUGCCAAGCUCUCUAUAGUUUGACUCUUCCUUCGUACUCUCUCUUUCUUAAUCUCUCUUUCUUACUCUUUCUUUCUUUCUUUCUUUAUGUUUCUGGGAAUUAAUCUGUUUUGUUUUUAAGUUAUGUGGAGAAAAUAAUGAAAAGUGUUUGAAAGAAAGUGACCCUUGGCUCUUGUGUUAUUUUAAAAUAUAUAUUUCUC